AUGGCUAAUCUUCAGCCUGGUUCAUCAAUUUUGGACCUUGGUUGUGGUGUUGCUCGGGUGGCUAUAGCCGCAAGGAACGUUCUGGGCACCAGUCAUGGACGAAUUGUGGCUAUCGACAUCUCCCUUGGAUGUCUACAGGAAGCCCAACGAGAGCUAGAGCGUGCCCAUUUGGAGAAUGAGAUCACCUUGCUUCACGGCGACAUCAGCGGAAUGAGUGACAUCGAAGGUCUCCGCUCGUUGGGAAGCGAUGUCAAGCCUACUUUUGACGUCAUCUUUGCUCGGAACGUUCUCAAUUCCGUCCCGCCCGAGCAGCGGGCAGCUAUUCUUCAGCAUUGGGCUACUUACCUCACCCCCGAUACUGGCCGUAUGAUUCUCACGCUGGGCAUGGUUGCCGAAAAUCCCGGCGAGGUUCUCGAGUACGAGGCCGAGAUCGCUGGAAUCCUUGUUGUUCAUAGUAUUGGACAGGUUCUAUCACGUUUGAACAAGAUGACCGAGGGUGACUGGAUCUUUGGAGAACGAGUCUUCGAAGAUUUGAUCACGGCAACUGGCUUGCGGAUGGGAGCAAUACGAAGAGUGGGCUUUGACAGAGAAGAUGGUUUUGAUUGGCUUGAUCAGAGAUCUCAAUUUGAGCAGCACACCUUACGUCGUCAUGCCGAGAUUCUGCAGGAAGGCCACGACGAUCCCGCCUCGACGAACGCGGACGGAAGUUUCUCUCGGUUGUUCAAGGCUCAGAUGAAGUCGGAAGCUGUCAAGAAAAUAAAGCAGCAAGUGGCGGAAGUCACUGAGACCGAGACGCUAUAUGUGGUGUUGUACUUCGUAGUGUUGGCAGUGGUGGUGGUAGCUUGA